GCACCGGCACAUUUGGGCGUGUUCAUCUGGUGAAGGAAAAAAUGGCCAAACGUUACUUUGCACUGAAAGUAAUGAGCAUUCCAGACGUUAUUCGACUGAAGCAAGAACAACAUGUGCACAACGAAAAAUCGGUCUUGAAGGAGGUCAAUCACCCAUUUUUGAUCCGAUUAUUUUGGACCUACCACGAUGAACGUUUUCUAUACAUGUUAAUGGAAUAUGUCCCAGGAGGAGAACUUUUCAGUUACCUACGCAACAUGGGGCGCUUCAACAACAGCACAGGACUGUUUUACUCUACAGAAAUAAUUUGUGCAAUAGAAUACCUGCACUCCAAAGAAAUAGUUUACAGAGACUUAAAACCUGAAAACAUAUUGCUGGACAAAGAAGGACAUAUCAAGCUUACAGAUUUUGGAUUUGCUAAAAAACUGGUGGAUAGGACAUGGACGCUCUGUGGUACCCCUGAAUACCUUGCGCCAGAGGUCAUACAAAGCAAAGGCCACGGAAGAGCUGUGGAUUGGUGGGCUCUGGGAAUUCUGAUAUUUGAGAUGUUGUCAGGGUUUCCUCCAUUUUUUGAUGACAAUCCAUUUGGUAUAUAUCAGAAGAUUCUUGCUGGCAAAAUAGAUUUCCCAAGGCAUUUGGAUUUGUAUGUGAAAGACCUUAUUAAGAAGCUUCUUGUGGUUGAUAGGACAAGACGAUUAGGAAAUAUGAAGAAUGGAGCAGAUGAUGUGAAAAGACAUCGAUGGUUCAGGUCUAUAGACUGGGACGCUGUACCUCAAAGAAAACUCAAGCCUCCUAUAGUGCCGAAAGUAUCCAAUGAUGGGGAUACAUCCAAUUUUGAAGCUUAUCCUGAAGAUGACUGGAACAAAACACCUCCAGUACCCCCUAAAGAUUUAGAAAUUUUCAAGAAUUUCUGAAUGUGACAUCCACACUGGACGAGAAGCUGGAAAGAAACUGAAGUGCUAAAGCAAGUCUGAAGUAAAAUGAGCUCCUACGUAAAUGAAGACUUCUUUGAUGUGGAUGAGAAUGUUACUGCAUUCAGAUAUGCAUACUAAAUACUUGGAGUUGGAGGCAGACAAAACUCAUUUUUAGCUGUAAACAUUUGGCAUUAGUUUAGGAAGUUAUAAUAUUGAUAGCCUGCUCUGUAGUAGGCUCACUAAAAUGGAAUAUUUUAGAUUUUUUUUUUUAACUUAUGGUUUUGUUUAGUUUCCUGCUAUUCCCAGAUCCUUUUUGCGCAGUUAUCUCAGACUUAAUUUUAUAAGUUUAUACUAAACUUGUGUAAUUAAAAGCACAAAUUAGUAUAUAUGUAUAUAAUGAAUACAGUACAACUAAAGCACAGGAACUGUGCAAAGAUGUAAAUUUUUGUACUUUGCAGAGUCUAUGAUUUUUAUUUUUCAGAUAAUGUUUUUCAAGAAGUUCUCUAGGGAUAAAAAUA